UAAUAUACCUCGGCUCGUUGGAGGCUCUCGACGCCGACGGCGCAUAGUGCUCACUGACGCGUUCGAAUUUCAAGCACGCUGCGACGAAAUGACUCCUGCAAUCAUAUCCUCAGCGACACGUCAUGCCUUGCGUGCAUAGAUGACGCAUCUCUGGCUCUGUGAUUCCCAGACAACCUUGCCGACGCUCUCUGACGUCUGUGAUGGUCAGCAGGUGUUCAUCUUGUUCGUCCCGCUACCGAGAUUGGAGUUGUACAAGCAUCGGCUCGCCUGGCGAGACAGCGGCCAUCGCCGACCAGUUUCAUUAAAGUCUGCUAUCGGAUGCCCCAGACAUCCGUUCCACUCGACAUCAUCUACCCCGUCGUCUCGGAAGUGGUCGUCGACUGUGUCGAUGGUUUGUUCAUCACCUCUCAGACACCGACCCUGCAGGAUAUAUGCAACAAUCCUACACCUUCUGCCCCAAUCGCAUUUCGGUCGCUAAUGGGGACGUCGGUCGAGAUUAGGCGCAUCGCCCUGGAAGUUCUAGCAAACGGGCUGCGCGUCGGACUGUGCAAGAAGGGUAUUUGGAGGCUACACACCAACCCGUGGCGCCUAAUCCAAUUCACACCACGCAUUACGUCCGGCAUCCUUGCGCGAGUAUUCGAGUGCCUAGCCUCUGAACUGUCGCUAAACCGGUCGCUACUUCGAACUUUCUACACCCUGUACCUCACCGCGAAGCACAGCUUUACCUGCACCGAGAAGCGCUUCCACGCGAUGACGCAUAUCACGCUCGAAGAUGGCAAGACGCGCAUGCUGGACGAGCCAGUCAACCACGCAGAAUCGAUGCAACACGCAAGGCAAGCGGAAAAGCAAGCUUCUCUGGCCCUCGCAUCGGCAUUGCGUGCGGCGCCUGCGUUUCGUUCGCGGCUCGUCGGACACGCAGUGGACUUACAAGUUCGCGUACAAGGAUUUAUCAAACUGCGCCUGCAGGCGAACGAGCUCUUUGCGAAGCUGCACGCGCUCGUCGCCGCGUGCGUCGCUGCUGACGUCAACAUGCCCAAUGAUUGCGACCCUUCCGACCGCCUCAUGUCGGUUGAGCAGGCGCUCGUACAACUGAAGAAUAGCGAGAUGGACCUCACUCAUCUGACAUCGCAAUAUGCGAAGAGCCGUCCUGUAGACGAGUUGGUUGGGUCAGAGGUCUUCGCGACCCUCUGCUCCGUGCUACGUCGUGCCACCACCGCCGAUGUACUCGACUCCGGCGAUGCUCGGGCUGCUGCCAUACUGGCCGAUGUUGCGGAGACGCGGGAGCGAUGCAGGACGCUUUCUGAAGAAAUGCUUGAGAUGUUUGAGACGAAGCGAUACGCUGUGGAGCUUGCAGAAGCGAAGCGAGCUAUAGGGUGCUGAACGUGCUGUAACUUAGAUGUCGGGCGUAUAAAGACAGAAGCU